GGACAGGCUAGCGGACCGGUUCCUGGGACCGUACGGAGGCGCGGCGACCGGAUCGGUUCUCACGCGGGCUCUCUUUCAAGCAGUCACCGACGCGCGCGUUCCGUGGUCCCACGCGGCGGCGCCGCCUGAAAGCGUUUACAGAUCUCCAGGAGAGCCCACCAUUGUAGUCAUGGCCUCUGAAGACAUUGCCAAACUGGCAGAGACCCUGGCCAAAACCCAGGUGGCUGGAGGACAGCUGAGUUUUAAGGGCAAGAGUCUCAAACUGAACACUGCAGAAGAUGCUAAGGAUGUGAUCAAGGAGAUCGAGGACUUUGAUGGCCUGGAGGCACUACGAUUGGAAGGCAACACGGUGGGCGUGGAAGCCGCCAGAGUCAUCGCCAAGGCCUUGGAGAAGAAGUCAGAGCUGAAGCGAUGCCACUGGAGUGACAUGUUCACCGGAAGGCUUCGGUCCGAGAUUCCACCAGCUCUGAUCUCCCUAGGGGAAGGACUUAUCACUGCUGGAGCACAGCUGGUGGAACUGGACCUCAGUGACAACGCAUUUGGGCCUGAUGGGGUGCGGGGCUUCGAGGCCCUCCUCAAGAGCCCAGCCUGCUUCACCCUGCACGAACUCAAGCUUAACAACUGUGGCAUGGGCAUCGGUGGUGGCAAGAUUCUAGCUGCAGCUCUGACUGAGAGUCACCGCAAGUCCAGUGCCCAGGGAAAGCCACUAGCCCUGAAGGUCUUUGUAGCUGGCAGAAACCGCCUGGAGAAUGAUGGGGCCACUGCCUUGGCAGAAGCUUUUGGGGUCAUCGGGACGCUGGAAGAGGUCCAUAUGCCACAGAAUGGAAUUAAUCACCCUGGUGUCACUGCCCUGGCCCAGGCAUUCGCCAUCAACCCCCUGCUGCGAACCAUCAACCUAAAUGACAACACUUUCACUGAGAAGGGUGCGGUUGCCAUGGCUGAGACCCUGAAGACCUUGAGGCAAGUGGAAGCGAUCAAUUUUGGAGACUGUUUAGUGCGCUCUAAGGGGGCCAUUGCCAUCGCAGAUGCUGUUCGUGGGGGCCUGCCCAAGCUGAAGGAACUAAACCUUUCAUUUUGUGAGAUCAGAAGAGAUGCUGCCCUGGUUGUUGCUGAGGCUGUGGCUGACAAAACUGAGCUGGAGAAGCUGGACCUCAAUGGCAACGCCCUGGGAGAAGAGGGCUGUGAGCAGCUUCAGGAGGUGCUGGACAGCUUCAAUAUGGCCAAGGUGCUGGCAUCCCUCAGUGAUGAUGAGGGAGAGGAUGAUGAAGAGGAAGAUGAGGAGGAAGGAGAAGAGGAUGAUGAGGAUGAAGAGGAAGAGGAAGAUGAGGAGGAAGAGACACAGCAGCGAGGGCCAGGAGAGGAGUCAGCUACACCCUCACGGAAGAUUCUGGACCCUAACAGUGGGGAGCCAGCUCCCGUGCUGUCCUCCCCGCCUCCUACAGACCUCUCCACCUUCCUAUCAUUCCCCUCCCCAGAGAAGCUGCUGCGUCUUGGUCCCAAGGUCUCCGUGCUGAUAGUCCAGCAGACUGAUACCUCUGACCCUGAGAAGGUUGUUUCAGCCUUCCUGAAGGUAGCAUCUGUGUUCAGGGACGAAGCCUCAGUGAAGACAGCUGUGCUGGAUACCAUAGAUGCCCUCAUGAAGAAGGCCUUCAGCUCCUCAUCUUUCAAUUCUAACACCUUCCUCACCAGGCUGCUCAUCCACAUGGGUCUGCUCAAGAGUGAAGACAAGAUCAAGGCCAUCCCUAGCCUGCAUGGCCCCCUGAUGGUGCUGAACCACGUGGUGCAGCAGGACUAUUUCCCCAAGGCCCUUGCACCCCUACUGUUGGCAUUUGUGACCAAGCCCAAUGGAGCCCUGGAAUCCUGCUCCUUUGCCCGCCACAGUCUGCUGCAGACGCUGUACAAUGUCUAGAUUUAAAACCAGCUUCUUGUCCCUCACCCUGUACCAGUGACUAGGGGCCUUGGAUGGACUGAGCUCAGCCAACGUCUCCAUUAGAAAGGACUUUGGCCAGAGGCAGGGGAGGGUCUUUGUCUCACGUGUCAUAUUGGUCCCUUGAUACUGUGUUGGUAUGUGUGUAGGUAUGUACUUCCUGUCUGGAUUACAGAUAAUCAUCUCUACCUGCUGGACUAACCCAGUCCACUGUGGGGUAUUGAUGCCCAGGGGGAGGGGCUAAAAGCUGCUGUUAUUAAAUUAUGCCAACUUAGCCAUAGGCGCUGUUGGCCGACCUGCCUACCCCGCCUUUCUGUCCCACCAAAGCCUAGGGAGUUACUAUGUGCUGUCCUGCUGUCUCCAUCGUGCCUAAGGAACAGAGACUGUCAGAGAUGCGCGGUCAUCAGAAAGUGAAACUGGCCUCAACCAUGUGGCCCAGAGGAAGAGCCAAGGGCCAACCUCAAAAUAGUCCAGGAGUGGGGAUUGCCUGGGGUGCCCUGGCUCUUGUACCCAGUGUAAGCAGCUUGGCUGGCCCAGACCUGUUCUUCAUCCUGGGGAGGGAAGGGCAGGUAGGUCAUCCCCUAACGCCUAAACUACAUGUUGGGGCUGUUUUCUGAGACAAGGAAGUAGUGGGGGAUUGAGCUGGGUAGGAGAUGCCCUGUGACUUUCCAUAGUGGCUGCAUGGCCACCUCCUGCUUUCCUUUGUGUUGUGUGUCUGGGCUGUGCCUGGGAGCUUCACAAAUAAAAGUCACCUGUGGUAGCUGCA